CGUGAACGAGGAAGUGCAUGUCAUCGAAUGACUAUAGCCUCAAUCCCGACGGGUCAUCCUCUGCUUAAAGGACGAUUUCUGGGAAUAAAAUUGUAAUGAGCAGUUUUGAAGAUUGAUUGAGAUGAUUUUGAAGAUCCAUGGCAUUUCAGAUCCAAGUGCCAGUUUCGGUUCCAAGAAAAACGGAUCCCCUAAUAAAAUGCAUUAUAGAAAAUAAGCCGGAGAGAUUUAGAAAAUUAAUAAGAGGACGGGAUAUUAAUGGAUUGUACCCUUCUGAACUUUGGAAGGAUGAAGUAACACUUUUAACUGCAGCAGUUUUAUGCAGAAAUGAAGAAAUCUGCUCCUACCUACUUGGAGAGUCAGCUGAUCCAAAUAUAUUCUCAACAAAAGGAUGGGCCCCUUUGCAUUACGCUGCUUUAACACCUGGAGUUCCUCUGAGUAUCGUGAAAAGAUUACUCGCAGCAAAAGCUAACCCAGAUGGAUAUCAAUUACAGUUGUUUACUCCAAUACAAUAUGCUGUUGAUCAUGACCAUGAAGAUAUUGUGAAAGCACUUGUAGAGGCUGGAGCUUCACCUGUAAUAAAUUAUGGAGUGCAUUCAGCGCUUGAUAAAAAGAUGGAGCGAAUGAUCCAUCAGUUAUCUUUACAAGAUAAAGUGUUUGAGAAUGUAUAUAGAUCUGUCUCUUUUUUUUGUGACGUGCCUUCGAAAAAUCAGAAAAAUGUUUUGCGGAUCUAUAAGGAACAUUUCUUUGAAGAGCAUCCGUUCAGUCACAUUAUUUUAUUUGAGGAGUAUUAUGGCGUCACUGGUCAAGGUGCAGAGCCGUAUCAUCAGAGCGCCAUCAAGUGGUUAAAAGAUACAAAGAGCACAGAUAGAUACAUCGAGGGAGUCAUCAGACGCUUCCCAAAAAUCCCUCAGAAACACUGGCUGGUUGCACUGAACUGCUUAAAUGCUGCUUCGUGUGUCAGUGAAAGUGUUUCUCCUCAAGUAUUCAGUGAUCUUGUGUCGAUUCUUACAAACAGCUUUCAGCCCUCUGGAAACCCACCAGGAGAAAAUGUCAAUUUUCUGAUACUUAGGAUACUCAACGUCAUGAUGCAGAAGACGUCUGAUCAGAAACUGGGCCUCAGUGAUUGUGUCUAUGAGAAGCUGUGCAAAAGUCUCUUGUCUCUCACCCAUCCUGAUUAUUCGAGUCUAAUUGUAAUGAUGACUUAUGGACUGUUGGCGAGUUUAAAUGCCAUCGCUCCCGACCUUGUUGCAGCAUCUGGAUUGUCUCCUGUCCCAGAGAUGAUACUUAUCAAAGCAGAGACCGAGCUGGAUGAAGUCACGAAAAAAAGGCUGCUUAAGUUGGAUAAAUCCCUCAGACAUCCGGCCGAUUCGAGUGCAGUGGAUAGUUUGUGUGAGGAUACUGCAUCUCUAUCAAUAAGCAGAAAAAAUAAGAAAAAGAAGAAGAAGAAGAAAAUCCAGCAAGAAGUGGGAUCACAAGAAAGUGAGCAGCAAGAUAAAGAGGAACCACAUACAGACACUGUAGAGACAUCCAUUGAGGAAACAAACUCAAGUGUCCAGCUGUUCACACAACCUAAUGACAUCUCCAGAGAUUGGUGUCCAACCAGCCUUCGUUGGAGGUCCAAGCUUGAUAAGCUAGCUAACAUGAAUAAGAGCGAUAUCAAUGGGCUAACAAAAUUUAAUCUUGUACUGACUCCAGAAUUUCGGAUUGCAAGGGGAAGUGAUGGGACGGAGGUUUUCCUUGGAUUGAAGGAUGACGGCACCGAGGUGGCUGUGAAACGAAUGAUUCUAUCUAACUACCAAGUACUCAGAAAUGAAGAGAAACUUCUACGGCUUUGUGACAGUCCAUCUGUUGUGCGAUACGUGGACUUUGCAAAGGACAAUAAUUUUGGAUACCUUGUUCUUCAGCUUUGCGAGUACACACUGGACGAAUAUAUAGUAAAUCACUUACCAGACGACAGCGCUGAGAGGUCUUUGGUUCUGAAGAGGCUGGUGAAGGAAGUUCUCUGCAGCUUACAGGUUUUACAUGAUGAGAAGACCAAAGUGCUCCAUCGAGACAUCAAACCCCAGAAUGUCCUGAUUGACAUAAAUGGGAAAGCCAGAUUGUCUGAUUUUGGCAUAAGCCGUCGAUUGAACCUCAGCCAAACCACUCUACGAACAAGCAGUGCUGGAACUAGAUGCUGGAAGGCAAAAGAGACCAUAGAUGAGGAGGACAACAUUGGGUACAAGAGGAGCUCCGACAUUCAGGUUGCUGGGAUGUUGGUGUAUUACAUUCUCUCUGGAGGACACCAUCCAUUUGGUAAAGGUGCUGCUUGUGAUUACAACAUUUUACAAGGAAUAUACUCACUGGAGCAUCUGGACGAUGAAGUAGCAAAGGAUCUCAUCAAAUGGAUGAUCAGUGAAAAUCCCAAAGAUAGACCAACAGUGGAGCAAACCCUUGCACACCCCUUCUUCUGGACUGAUGACAAGAGAGUGGAGUAUUUAAAAAAAAUCGGAACCCAGAAAGAGGUCGAAAAGUAUAAUAAUAUCGAUGAGGAGCUCUUUCAAGCUGUUGAAAAAUACACUGAGGGGAAAUCCUUUUCUAAAUGGAAAACUAAAUUGCCAUCCGACAUUCUCCAGAAGAUGGAACCUAAGAAACCCUAUCCUGAGAACACACUGGCCUUGCUGCGUUUAAUACGCAACCUGCAUGAGCAUCAUCCAGAUGAUGCAGAGACCACCAACCUGAUGGCUUUAUUCCCUGAUCUGUUUGAGAGUGUGUUCAUGUUUGCAAAGGAUAGAGGAUGGAACUCCAGACCGAGUCUGAAAAAGUUCUUCAGCUCAGCUCCACAGAUCUAAUUUUUGUAUAUUUGUUUCAUUUUUAUUUACAGCGUUCACAUUGAUUCUGCUUUAUGAAUGUGUUUUAUGAUUACAUUUAAAUGUAGGGAUAUGUUUAGGACGAAUCCUAAUUAAAUUUUAUACCCUUUCCUACCCUUUCCUUUUAUUAAUGGUUUAAAUACUCAAUCACUACAUUAUAUUUUCCACCAACGAGAAGAUAAAAUCUCUGUUUUUGAAGUAAACUUACUGAUUGUAGAGAGACUGGCAUACAUGCAGCUAGAUCAGGCAUGAAAACAUGUUGUGGCUUUAUCAUGCAGUCAGUAAGGUUAAUGGUUUUAACUUUUGCAAACGUUUUUUAAAAAAUAUGACUAAUUUGAACACAUGAUUGAAUAUAUCAUAAAACAGUUACUUUUCUUUCAAAUCUUUAUUAAUAUCAAUAAUACUUACAUUUUGUUUGCUCAAGCGGCCUUGUUACAAGACCAAGAGUACAAGUCCAAAACAUUGGCACCAUAAAGACUUUCAUCCGAGACUGCAUCUGAACCCUCACCAACGAGGCAAUGCAAUCAUUCUCUGCUUUUUCUGAUGUUUUCCAUCAAGCCUUCUUUGCACUUUAUUGUGUAUUUAUGCUUGUGUGUUUGAUUAUAUGUUGGUGUUUAUUAAUAAAACUUUUGUUCUUAAAACUA